AUGUCUUCCCACGAGGGUCAGCUCCGCAACAAGAGGAGAAAGUUGGACAAUGGCCAAGAUGUCGAUGCUACUGCCACCAUAUCUUCGCACACGCAGCUUCGCUCUUCCUUGGCUUUCCAACAGAAUCCCACUGAAUCCAAGCAAGGUAUAAGAAAGUUCAAGGACUUCCUCACGUCCAUUGGGCAGAGUGAGGAUGAGGCUGAAAAAGCCAAGAAGUUCCGCAUCCUCAAAGCAUACUGUGAUUCGCAAUUCUCACGGGUAAACGAGAACGAAGCAGUCUGCUUUACCGAUCUGGUCCAGACCUGGAGCUUUGCGGAUACCAACAACAAUGAGUCGUUACUGACUGUUGUGCCCUCUGUCCUCGCUCAGUUCCUCAAGACGGUGUCCACCAACCUGGAAUUUCGGGAUUUCGGAGUGGCACUAUGCAAGUAUCUCCUUCAGAAAGAACAGCUGAGACUGUUUAACCGUGGCUUGACCGCUAUCAAAUCAAAGGAGCAUUUGAUUUCUCCCUGUCUUCGUCUUCUCACGGAGAUGGUCAGCUUCGAUGGUGGAGCUGUGGCGCGCCACGUCCAUGCUGCGCGGUAUAUCACAUUCAAGCGCAUCGAAGUCUUUCUCACCCCCAACAAAGCUCAGCUGGAAGAAAUAUUAGAGGCAGGCUCCAAACCUACACUGCGCAGGAAUGCUCAGAAGUAUGUCCUUGCAAACCUGCGAUUUUUGCAAUCAAACGGGAAGAGUGAUAUUAUUGAGCAACACAAAGUUAUUAGAGCAUUCUUUGAGUACAUUAGGAAAGACCCGAGAGAUAUCAUCUUGGAGACUAUCAGGUGUAUUGACAAAGACAUUAUCCAAGAUGCUUCGAUUUCUCGCAGCGCAAAGAGCAAGUUCUUCAACCGAUGGAACCUGGAGCGACUCGUCACCCUCUACGGUUAUGAUCGUGAGUCAGAGGAGCCCAACCCGGCGAAUGUUUCCACUACCGACGAAAUCCACAAGAUUCUGAUGAAUGUCUGUACAAACACCGAACUUGGAGUCUUGCUUCCAGAGUCUGGUUGGUAUCCACAUGGAAGUGAUCCCGAGGCGCUACCCACGGACGAUGACACACUGAUCGAUUUGGGUCUUGAUUCUGCUCUUCAUAUCGACAAGUACAGCCAGUCUGUACCUGUUCGCAACGGAACACUGUCUUAUCUGAUCCAGACCCUUCGCCCGGAUACCGACAGUCUCCAGAUUGAGCUGUUAGUGGCCAUCUUCAAGGCGGCCCCGGAGCUAGUUGCCGAUUUCUUCACGAAGAAGAGCAUGUUUACUGCGGACCCAAAGCCGACCCCAGCAUGGAUGGCCGAGUCUGCGCUUCUCUUCUCCGCCGUACAGCUGCCUGUGCCCUCAAAUUGUGGCUGGAAAGACAAGUUACCUCCGACACCGCCGCCCGUUUCCGUGGUCAUUGAGAAUGUGCUUCCUCGCCCUCUGACCCAGAAAAUCCUUACCCGCUGCUUGAAUAUGAAUGCUGAGAUAGUAACAUUGUUUGCUGUUCGAAUUUUGACAAUUGCCUUCAACAAACUGCGGGCUGUUCUCAAGAUCUUCAACGCCGACCAUGGGGUCAGCCAACCCCUGUGGACACAGGCGGCAAGCAAGCUGGUUGCCGAGUUCAGUCGCCGGUGCCCCGGAGUGAAGGAAGUCAUUCUGCUCUUCAAGCGAACGGAUAAGGAUGACCUGCAGCAGCAGGAUGCUGUCUCAGAGCUUCUCGCUUCGUUCUACGAGGUAGUACCGGAUGCCGCCUUCGAGGAAGGACUUGACGUUUCACUCAUUUUGGUUGACGUCUUGAAGCGAUUGGAUGAAGGCAAGCUCGACGAGGAUGAUACCGAGUCAGUGCUGAGCCAACUGCAAAACAUCAUGAGAAUCAUCAAACAGUCUACCUCCAUGCGUUGGUGGCAACAACCGGGGUCUAUGCAGUAUUCCGCUUUUACGUCAAUCCUAAAGGUCCUAAUUCAAACAGCUUCAAGAUACUCUCUGCGUGAGAUUGACCAGCUGCUGCGGACCGUCCUCACCGAGCACUCUGUCCUGCAGAACCCCUCCUCGUUUCCCGCAAUUCUGUCAAGCUUCGAAACUUCAGACUCGGAGAAACUCCAGCGCCAACUAUCGUUCUUCGAUAACUGCGCCUGCCGUAUCGCAAAGAAACCGGUUCACUAUCAAGACCUCCUUGACUCCUUGGUCGAGGGUGCCUCCAACCCAGUUAGUCCUCUGGUAGCUGCUGUCAUCGAACAGUGGCCAUUCGUUGUCAAAUCCGGAGACGCGGCUGUCGAGAGUGCGGUGGUUGCCUGGAUUGCUGAGACGCUAGGAAGCUUGAAGCGCGCUGGAGAAAACGCCAAGGCACUGAAAACCGCGCGGGACAAGCUGAUGGAGAGUGCUGAGAAUAAGAAGUCGAAGUCGGCUCUCAAAAAAGCAUUGAAAGAUGCUGAAGACGACCAUGAGAUGGAAGUUGAUGCUCCUGCCCAAGACACUACAACUGCCGCCAAAAAGGAUGAGGUAGACUUGGAGGAGGUAUUCGGAACCGUACCGACAGAAAGUACCACCCACAAUGAGCUGCACCGAUGGGAGAAGGAUGACAUCGAGGUGGCGGUUGAGCAAGGCCGGAUAGCCGAACUGGUUCUCUGCUUGUGCUCGGCAUACGAGGAAGUGAGGAAGCAAGCAUUCACGAGCAUUGUUCGUUUCAUGGGCAAACUUAAGGAGUCUAAAUAUGUGGAAUGGCGAUCAGUCUAUAUCCUCACGGGAGAGCUUCUCGAGACUGUCAAGCAGAUUGGGCUUGAAUCGCCCGUACCGUGGAUUGUAGGGGAGUGCGCGUCCAGCUGCUUGACUGUUCUCACGAAUCCGAUGCACAAAAUGUACGGCAAGGUCAACAAGUUUCUGCAGAAAGCUCCUUCCUGGGAGGUGGAGAAGAUCCCAUCCUACUGGAUUGACAAAAUCUUCCUGCAUGAACCGGAGCUUGACGACGGAUAUUUCGACGAGACUAGCUGGCUCCUUGAUUUACUCAUCAAGGGUCUUCGCACUGAAGCUGUAUGUCGCUGUCUUCCCUUUCUUACACCAUCAUGUUACUCAUUCAAAUUAUAG